GCUAGUGCUGGUGGGGGACACGUCCAGGAAGAAACCUGGGCAUUUUUAAUAGGAUUUGACAUUGCAAACUUCCCAGACCGGAAUGUUCAAUGCACUGUUUUUUAAUUUUCCUUUAAGUUCUGGGCAGCAAAGCAGUGUGCACUCAGGAUGGAAAUGACUGCAGGCGUUUCAAAACGGAUUUAUAAUUGUAUUGUGGCUUCGACUCAUGUCUCAUUUUGCUUUAGGGCAGCAGAAAUGGUCAGUGUUACAUACAGCAAGCUGGGCUUUUGUAAAAGCAGAAGGAGCUGGAUAAUGAAUUGUCUGCUGGCUUACAUAGGAGUUUAAGAUCCACAGUGGUAAAUCACUUGCUAGCUUACAGCAUCCAGUGUCAUUGGACUUGCUCUAAAAGCAUGGCUUCACCAGAUUAUAUUCGGCAGGACUGGAGGACAGUCCACGACACUCCAAUGGUCUGCGCAUUUUCAUACAACUGGGAAAGGAUUGACAACUUCCAGAGCAGGCCAGAUGACAUUGUGAUAGUCACAUACCCCAAAUCUGGCACUACAUGGAUGAGUGAGAUUGUGGACAUGAUUCUGAAUGACGGAGAUCCUGAGAAAUGCAAGCGGGAUGCAAUUUUCAACAAAGUGCCCAUGUUGGAAUUUUCUGUUCCUGGAAAGAUGCCACCAGGUACAGAGCAACUAGACAAGCAGCCAUCUCCUCGCUUAGUGAAAACCCACCUGCCAGUCCAUCUCCUUCCAACGUCCUUCUGGGAAAAUGGCUGCAAGAUGAUCUACGUUGCCCGAAAUGCCAAAGAUGUAGCUGUCUCCUAUUACCAUUUUGACCGGAUGAACAAGCUGCAUGCAGACCCUGGCACGUGGGAGCAAUAUAUUGAGAAAUACAUGGCGGGCACAAUUGCGUAUGGGUCCUGGUACGAGCAUGUGAAAUGCUGGUGGGAGAAGAGAAAGGAUCAUCCCAUCUUGUACCUGUUCUAUGAGGACAUGAAAGAGGAUCCAAAGCGUGAAAUCCGCAAGGUGAUGAUGUUCCUGGGGAAGGAUUUGAAGGAGGAGGUUCUCGACAGGAUUGUCUCUCACACUUCAUUUGAAAUGAUGAAAGAGAAUCCCACUACAAAUUAUAAGAUGGUCCCAACUGAUGUAAUGGACCACAGCAUCUCCCCUUUUAUGCGCAAGGGGAUUGCUGGGGACUGGAAGAAUCACUUUACUGUGGCCCAGAAUGAGAGAUUCAAUGAAGAUUAUGAAAGGAAAAUGUCUGGGACCACAUUGCAGUUCCGAACAGAGAUCUGAACAAACUGGCGUCUUCAUGCUGUAGUUCUAGUACACGCGUCACUGUGGUUUCUUUUGCCAGUAGCUUUUGUUUGCUCCUGCUUUAAUCAACUAGAAGGAGCAUAUUGGGAAGUGUCUCUGGUCCACUGAUAGCCAAGCACUUGAACCUAGAAUCUUGGGUCAUCUUGGUCAAGAUGUGGAUUAUCCUCCAGAACAGAGAGAUUGUUCCAAGUGUUUGGGAUUCUAUAUUGGGUCUGAGUAGCCGGGAAGCUCCCAUCCAGACUCCCCAGUAAAAUAAAGUUCUACCAGUCCCAAGGGAUCAGAAACAUUACCUGACAGGUCAAUAAAUAUUUCAGACCUUAACCCAAAUACAUGCUAUAAUACAUUCUUAUUAAUGAAACUAAUAUAUAUUUUAAAAAAGAGAGAGAGUAUGGGUUAAAAGAUCAAUGUGCAUACAGACAUGAGAACAGUUCUUGAGAUUUCGAUACAUAAUAAAGAUGACAAGUCUCA